AUGGCUUUAGAAAGCAACGAAAGGGAAUCGGUUCUCAUUUUGGGCGCUGGUUGCUUUGGUCUGGCUACGGCUUAUCAUCUGGCUUCGAAAGGCUACUCGCAAAUUACGGUGCUAGACAAGGCCGAUGAGAUACCCAGUCACUUCUCAGCAGGCUUUGAUUUGAACAAAGUGGUUCGCGCCGAAUAUCCCGAUCCUUUCUACACCAGCUUGAGCCUUAAAGCCAUUGAAAAAUGGCGCAACGACCCUUUGUACGCUCCGCAUUAUCAUGAAACAGGCUUUCUCAACGUCGUCUCCGAUGCAGCCAACCAGCAGACGAGAGACACCAUUGAGAAUUAUUUUGCAUCGAUUCAGAAGCAACCGGCCUUCGAUGGGCAGAUACAGCGCGUCAGUGGGCAUGCGGAGGUCAAAAAGAUUGUUCCGGCGUUCCAGGGAUUGAUAAACGGUUGGUCUGGUUACUGGAACAAAAUGGCGGGCUAUUGUCACUCGGCAAACGCUUCAGCAGCUGUUUACUGCGCUUGCGUGAAUCUCGGUGUCAAGUUCCAACUUGGUAAACAGGACGGGGAGGUUGAAUCUUUGCUUUACGCGUCAGCACGAGUUGGGACGACCUGCGUGGGAGCUAGGUCUCGAGGAGGACGAAUCUACCUCGCCGACAAGAUUAUCCUUGCCAUGGGCCCUGACGUUGCAAACUUGAUACCACAAAUUGGCAAGCAGGUGACCGGGCGUUGCUGGGGAGUCGUCCACAUCCAACUCUCGCCUGAGGAAGCUGCUACUCUCAGAAAUAUUCCGGUCACUAAUGUGCGCGACAUGGCAUUCUUCUUUGAGCCAGACAGGGAAACCAACAAACUCAAGUUUUGCCACAUGGGAGGAGCCUUUACCAACUAUGCUUAUUCCAAGGAUGGGUUAUCGCUCCCAUUUACCGAACUAUCUGAAUCGCAGUUCGUCCCUGCAGAAGAUGAAUUUUACAUUCGGAAACUCUUAAAAGAAGUUCUCCCGCAAUUUGCAGACCGUCCCUUAAUUGACGCCCACCUAUGCUGGUUUGCUGACACGGAUGAUUCAAACUACAUCAUUGAUUACGUUCCCGAAACGGGUUCUUCGCUUGUUGUCCUCUCGGGUGAUUCUGGUCAUGGAUUUAAAAUGCUACCCAUUUUUGGAGAAUUCGUUCAGGCAUUGUUAGAUAACGGAGAUCAGUCAGAAACCAGGUGGCAGUGGAAAGGAUCUCAGGUCAAGACAGGUUCUGCGUGGCGUAGCGGUACGAGCCAGGAACUCGCAGGCGUAACUCGCGCAAAACUGUAA